GGCAUGGCGGCAGCGGCGGGGGGCGCGGCGAGCCGCCGGGGCCCCGGGCGGCCCUGCCCCUUCUCCAUCGAGCACAUCCUCUCCAGCCUGCCUGAGCGGAGCCUCCCGGCCCGGGCCGCCUGCCCACCGCAGCCCGCCGGUGGCCAGAGCCCCACCGAGUCAGAGGAGCCCGGGGCGCCGGAGGCUGCGCCCUGCGCCUGCUGUUGCUGCUGCAGCCCACGCGCGGCGCCCUGCGGGCCCCCGGAGGCGGUAGCCGGGCUGGGCGCUCGUCUGGCGUGGCCGCUGAGGCUGGGAACCGCGGUGCCCUUGUCCCUGGGUGCGCCAGCUGGAGGGUCCGGGGCGCUCCCGGGCCCGGUCGGCCCGGGUUCGCAGCGGCGCACGCGGCGCCACCGCACCAUCUUCAGCGAGGAGCAGCUGCAGGCGCUCGAGGCGCUCUUCGUGCAGAACCAGUAUCCUGACGUGAGCACGCGCGAGCGCCUGGCCGGCCGCAUCUGCCUUCGCGAGGAGCGCGUGGAGGUCUGGUUCAAGAACCGCCGUGCCAAAUGGCGACACCAGAAGCGCGCGUCGGCUUCCGCGAGGCUCCUGCCCGGCGUCAAGAAGUCCUCCAAGGGGAGCUGCUGACGACUCUAGGAGCUGCCCCUGGGCUCGGCCACCUUUUUGGGAUCUUUGGAGUUGGCGCUGAGAGAAGACAGAUCUACCCGAAAAGGAACUGGGAGCGUACACCUGUCUGCUCCGCCCGUCUCCACAGCCCUUGCCUCCUGCAGAUCGUAACCUAAAGACAGCUGUACCCUAAACACUCCUCGCUGGGAAGAAAGGACCCUAGCCUAGGGUCCCCGGUGCAUGGUGUUCCACGGUAGUGGGAGUGGGGAGUCCCUCGGGGGUGGGCUGGGGCAUAGAGCAGCUUCCUCACUGCCUCAUCACCCCAGGAGACACUAACUCCACCCCAGGAGGGGAACCACUCGGUAUCAACACUGGACCCAGAAUCCUCCGCAGUGGAGCCUCUCUCCGCACCCUGGGACAUGCUGACCUCUUCUCAAUGUGGAUUUUGACCCAACUUGACCUGGCCCG